AUGGAGGCGCUGGGGAAAUUGAAGCAGUUCGAUGCCUACCCGAAGACCCUGGAGGACUUCCGGGUCAAGACAUGCGGCGGGGCCACAGUGACCAUCAUCAGCGGGCUCCUAAUGCUGCUGCUCUUCCUGUCCGAACUACAGUAUUACCUUACGGCCGAGGUUCAUCCUGAACUCUAUGUUGACAAGUCCCGAGGAGACAAACUGAAGAUCAACAUUGAUAUUUUGUUCCCACAUAUGCCCUGUGCCUAUCUGAGUAUUGAUGCUAUGGAUGUGGCUGGGGAGCAGCAGUUAGACGUGGAACACAACCUAUACAAACAGCGUUUGGACAAAGAUGGCCGUCCUGUAACCACAGAAGCUGAGCGUCAUGAGCUGGGGAAAGAGGAGGAAAAGGCGUUUGACCCCAGCUCCUUGGAUCCUGAGCGCUGUGAGAGCUGCUAUGGUGCUGAGUCUGAGGAUAGCAAAUGCUGUAACACAUGCGAAGAUGUGAGGGAAGCAUACCGACGGAGGGGUUGGGCUUUCAAGAACCCAGAUACCAUUGAGCAAUGUAGACGGGAAGGCUUCAGUCAAAAGAUGCAAGAACAGAAGAAUGAAGGCUGCCAGGUGUAUGGCUUCCUAGAAGUCAACAAGGUGGCUGGGAACUUUCACUUUGCACCUGGGAAGAGUUUCCAGCAGUCGCAUGUACAUGUCCAUGCUGUGGAGAUUCAUGACCUGCAGAGCUUUGGACUAGACAACAUCAACAUGACUCACUAUAUUCGACGUCUGUCUUUUGGGGAAGAUUACCCAGGGAUUGUGAACCCAUUGGAUGAUACCAACAUUACAGCCCCACAAGCCUCCAUGAUGUUCCAGUACUUUGUGAAAGUAGUGCCCACAGUAUACAUGAAAGUGAGUGGGGAGGUGCUGAGGUCCAAUCAGUUCUCUGUGACAAGACAUGAAAAAGUUGCCAAUGGGCUCAUUGGGGACCAGGGGCUUCCUGGAGUCUUUGUGCUGUAUGAGCUUUCGCCCAUGAUGGUCAAACUGACAGAGAAACACAGGUCCUUCACCCACUUCCUCACUGGUGUCUGUGCCAUCAUUGGAGGCAUGUUUACAGUUGCUGGACUCAUUGACUCCCUGAUCUACCACUCUGCUCGAGCCAUCCAGAAGAAAAUAGAAUUAGGGAAGACAACAUAGAGGAGCUGCAUGCCACACCCCCGGCCCUGUCUCACUUGAGGCCAUCUGUUUCCCAGUGUCUGACUUCUAGUUGUGACCCAUGCCCUACUCCUCAUGAAUGCUAUCCUCAAACUGUAAGACCUGUUCUGCCCUCCUAACCUCCUUGCAAAAGUUUGUAAAAUUGUGUGUUGUGAUGGUAUCGAGAUCUAAGUUAUAUCUCUUGCUCCACUACCCCCAUAAUCCUUUGCCUCAACUCUCAUGCUCCUCCUGUGUCUCAAAGGAGGGGGUCCCUCCUAGUCUUUCCUCUUAUAUUCCCAUGUAACCCAGCUCUUCCCUAUGCUGGAAUCACUUGCCAGUGGUCAGAGCAAUUUGAACCCCCUUCCAAGAGAUGCUGGCCUCCCAAAUUUCACCUCUCCUCCUAGAAGCUGAGGGAGGAACUGAGCUUGGAAGAGUAGCUGACACCAGCCACGGGUUUGUAUGAGGUGUUACCAAGGGGUGGGAUCCUUUCAUUCUUGUUCACAACCUGGGUUAAAGGGAUUGAAGGAGAUACCCCUUCCCCCAGGAAAUGUUCACCCUAACUCUUCCAUUGGGGUAUUCUUAGGAUGAGGAGUUAAGGAAGUAAAAAGCUCCAGGCUUUGACCUGGAGUUCAAACUCUUUUCUUCUCCCAUGUUCUGCCUCAGACUGGUAUGGAAGCUGAGGAGAAGGGAGAGGGAAGGGAAUUUUACAGAUCGCCAUUGCUUCACUUAGGGGAGAGGAAGGAUUUGGGACUUCCUGCUGGGCCUGAUGCCAGUUGGGUUCCACCUGUGCCUUAGUCACAGUGCAGACAUUGUCACCUCAAUUUUAGUCCUUCACUGACUUCUCUAGGAUUUCCAUUCACCGGCAUACAGCCCACAUCUCAGCAGAACUGGGAAUCAAACUUUCCCUGGGAAAAGUAUAAAUUAGACAAAAGAUGUUGCAAAAGUUGCUGCUGUAUACACACCAGAGGGGUGAUGUUAUCCAUUCCCAGCACAGAGUGAAUGAGGAACAAUGGGGGGAUGUAUGAGCAGAGGCAAGAUGGAACAACUUUAUAGAUCUUCCUGCAUCUAAUCUCCUUAAAGAUGAGGACUUAUCUUCAACUUAUUUGGUUGAAAAUUAAUUUCCCAAAUAUCAGGCACCAAAUUGUAUUUCAAAAUGAAAUAGAAAUAAUUUUUAAAAAUUU